CAUUCAUGAUAAUUGUUUUGACACAUAACCGUCAAAAAAAAAUUAAAAUUAAAAAAUUCAAAUCUCAACAUUGUAACUACAAAAGCGUUAACAACUUUCUAUAUUCUAAAAGCUUGAAAUUAAAAUUUUGAAAUUUUAAUGUAAAUUUCAGAUGAAAUUUCGAGUGUAUGCACAUAAUUUGUUCCAAAACUCCAUGGGAAAUUUUAACAACGAUAAAUAUUUGAUGUGUCCUGUCAUCCAGAAGAUGAUUUAAAUGGAGUCGUCAAUUAUACGAAGCGCACUGAUGGGUAUAUUUUCUGCAAUCAUUUUGGGGUCCUUUACCAUUCUUUUGUUGCUGGUUCUUCUGAGAUGGUGUCUGUGCAAUCUAUGCGGAAACACGAUUGUCCGAAGAAGCACAGUCUAUGAUAGCCGCCAUCCUGCUCUGAGGAUUGGAAUCUACGAUAGCCAUGGUCUCGCUGCAAUUAUUGAUCCAAGAUCUACGAAUUUAGAAUACAAUAUGGAAGAUAAGAGUGGCCUUCCAACAUAUGAGGAGGCAAUGCGGAAUAUGAACAAGGCCGUAAAGGAAGAAAAGCCGACAGAAAUUGUCAUUGAUCCUCUGAAACUUUAAUGAGAGGUUUCCCUCCUCCCUGUCCCAGUUUUAGCUGUAACACUUUCUGAUUUUGACCAAAUGGAUAACGAAAUAAACGUCAUCUCCAAGUU